UUUAACCAUGGCACCUUCCAAAAUGGCGUCGGCUGUAUCGGAGAACGUUGAGACUUGGAAAGCGAAGUUGGACAAGUUCCUUCACCAGAAGAAUGCUGUUAAUGAUCUCUUCGAGAAAUUGGAACAAAAGACUGGUGUCCGAAGAUUGUAUCUGGCAUCAGGUGUGUUCGUGUUCAUCGCUCUGUAUUUAGUGGUUGGGUAUGGAGCCCAGUUUGUCUGCAACUUCAUUGGAUUUCUCUAUCCUGCUUACGCAUCCAUCAAGGCAAUAGAGAGCCGAGAGAAGGAUGACGACACGAAGUGGCUCACCUACUGGGUCGUGUACAGCGUCUUCAGUCUCGUCGAGUUCUUCGCAGACAUCUUGCUCUUCUGGAUCCCGUUCUAUUGGCUCUUGAAGUGUCUGUUCCUCGUGUGGUGUAUGGCUCCCAUUACAAACAAUGGAGCCACGCUGAUGUACUACCGCUUCAUUCGCCCGUUCAUCCUUCGCUAUGAGACGAAGAUCGACAAGGCUAUCGAUGAGGCAAAGAAUACCAUUUCUGAGGUGUUUGCACUAGCCAAGAGAACGGGUACUGAAGUGCAAAAUGCCGCAGAAGGUAUGGCGCAGGAUGAGGCCUACAGACGAGUAAUCGAUUCAGCCAAGCUCGAAUAGCCUGCAUGUGUUAAGUGUUCUCUGUUUAGCAGUUUUUAAACUCCAUUCUGUAACAUGUUCUGGGAUUGUUGGAGUACGCUUUAUAAACUCUCCACUGUCGUAAUACGUGAUGGACAGGAUGUGGUUGGCUGGGGGGGGGGGGGGGGGGGGGGGGUUGGGUUGUUUAGUCUUCACACUGGCAGUUUUAUAUGAAUUCGGGUGGGUGGUUGUAUGACUUGUUCUGUUAUGAUAAAAAGAGAAUUUUAAGUGUUUCGAUCAUAUAUUUCUGGAAACAAGUGUGGUAAUGUUAAUAUUUCGGUUAUAAGGAGUAAGAGGAGUUUAAAAAUUAGACACAGGUGUGGUUAAAACAAUGUGAAUGGAAUGUAGCUUUGGGAUUCUGGAUAUCGGAAAUCAUUGUAUAAAAACAACAGGAGUUUGGUGAUUGUCAGCACAAUUUACAGAGAUAAUCUCAAGCGAACUUCAGAGGAAAAUAAUUGCUAAAGUAACACAUAAUAGCAAGGGCAUUAUUUAUGUUUGAUGUACAUAUUAAGUAAUAAACACUGCAGUAGUUUGAUGUUAAAAGUUAUGGUUUAUAGCCUCUAGUCUGAUUGCUAGAUACAGUGUGGUGCGAAACAGAUUUGUCAUGCUAUUGAGCUUUCAGAAUGCCCCUAUGAGAAGAUUUCAUUGCCUUUUUAACUAAAAUUUCUUCAUUAUUUCUGUAACUUAUUUAGAUAUAUUUGUUAUGUAACAAACAUUUUCUGUGUGUUGAACAAAAUAAUACUUAAAUGCAUUAAAGCUGUCCUGUAUGUUAUCAUCUAGGGAUUAUGGUGUAAAGAAUAUUUUCAAAGAAUUUUAUGAACAUGGUAUGUACAUCAUUCCUUGUUUAAACAUUUGUUGAGCUAUUUUGUUCAGAGAUAGCAUAUUGAUUAUGCAGGGGUUUUGGGGUGUUUUUUGGUGGGGAUGGGUCUGUUUGGUUUUUCUAAAUAGCUCUGAAUAUGUGACAAACCUUUUUUAGAACCAGACAUUUUUCUAUAUAGUGAAAACAGAAUGAAAGAGAAGUUCUUUUUUAGUUAGACCGAAGUAACCUAAUCACUGCCAGAAAUCUAGUUAUGCAAACAAUAAAACGAUACGUUUCUAGUUAGUAUCAGUUACUUGUUUCGAGUGAAAUAUUUUUUGAAGAUUUUCUCAGGAGAUUUGAUAACAGCUGGUAAUACGUUUAUUUGAUUGAUUAAGCACCACAUCACAGCCCGAUUUUAUAAUGCUAGUUCCAAAAAUGUGUUUUUGUGAAUUAUAUAAAUGUGUGAGCUCAGUUAAAUACAUGUGUAAUAUUUCUUUGCAAUUUUUGUUGCAUCUUAUGGUUAAUCUGUCUACUUAUUUUCUUUUCAACCUGUUUUAUUAACUGGUCCGAUCGUCCCAGCAGUCAGUCAAAUGGCAUUAAUCUUCCAUUGUACCAUGGGUAUUCACUCACCAGUCAACAUUUUCCUCAGUUGUAGACUUGCCAGUUUUGUAUUGUUUUUAAGUGAGAAAGGAAAAAAACCCACCCAUUAUUUGGGUAAUAAAUGGAUUCAUCCCAACGUACCUUUGAAUUUUUAAAAUUUAUCAUUUCCUGUACACCCUUUUUCACAAAUGAGACUUGUUAGUUGUAUUUGGAGGACACUUUGGUUAAGAUGACUGACGGGAUACAGUCGGUGAAUACUUUUGUAAAUAUACAUUACUUAUUUUGUAAACAAAUAAAUUAGUGUUAGGCAUUAGAUAUUGUUGAUGGUAGAUGGUCAUAAAUGUAGUUAUGAAGUGGUAUUAAUUAGUAGUAUUGAUUUGUGGUUUAGGGUAAUUUAUUUUUGAUCCACAAUACUCAGUUAUCGAUUGGCUGAACUAUUUUUAGUGGAAUUAAAAACUCAUUUAGAAUAGCUUUUGUGGAAUGUUAAUAAAAGUAAUUGUUGUUUUGUAUGUAUAUGGCCUUUUUUUAAGCUACAUAAUACUGUACUAAUUUGAUUAAUACUGACUUUAAAUAAUCUGCUUUAAGUAACCGCUAAUGUUCUUUCCCAUCAUAGUACAUUAUCCAUUUUUCAGAGUUUUUCAUUUUGUUUACAAGUACCUUGUGUUGUGUCAAAUGGUUGCUAUUUUAUAACAAUAUAUGUGGCUGGAAAAGAAAUACUAAAUUUCGAACCCUGCCAGGAAAUGAACACAUUGAAUAAAAUAACUGCAGUUUCAAAUGAGAAUCAUACUGUGGUAAUUGCUGUGGUGUUUAUUGUUUACAUGGUCAUUUAAAAAACUAAUAUUAAAACCUUUAAAAUAUUAAUUAUUGCUCAAAGAUGUUUCCACAGGUUUUUUGGUUUUUUUAGUCUUUUGAUGUAUAAAAUAGGGACCAUUUGUAUGACAGUCAAGUAUUAUUUUAUAAUGUGUAUUUACCUACACUUUGCUCAAACUAAUAGGCCUUCAGUUCCAUCUUGGAACAUAUCUUGCACUUUUUUUGUUCGUUUGAAUUUUAUCAAGAACUGUUAAUAUUUGUCUUAUUGAGAUAGACUGUCCUCCAGGCAUUUAUAACUUUGAAAAUCUAGCCACACCGGAUAAUUAAAUAAAUUGGUUAUUAGUAGUCAGAUCUCUUUACAAUGACCAUCAUUACACAGUCAUCUUGCUCAAGUUUUAGAGAAACUGGUCCCAUAUUUUUCAAACUAUCUUAGCACUAUGAAAUCGUAAAACCAUUGUAAGCUAUGAUGUCACUAUGGCAUGUGCUGUAGUGACGUCAUGAAGUACAGUGGUUUUACGAUUUCAACAAUCCCUAGCCAGAUAUACUGUGUUAAUCACAUGCAUUGUAACAGAAUUUGCCUUCUGAUACCAACUGUAGAUUUAGAACUAAUAUACAGUUGCUGCUAAAGUACAUAGUUCUUUUUAAUGACAAAACAAAAUUUAAGAAUAAUCAACAUACAUACACAGGGGUUCUAGAUUAUGGUAGCCCCACUCCCAUGGCUAGUGAUAUUCAGUGUUGGGCUAGUAAAUAACCGCUAUCACCAUGCCUCACAGCUAGUGAAAAAAAAAGUUGUCAAAUGCUGGAUUAAAGUCUUAUUUUGCAAAUAUGAAUAUUGCGUUGACACCCCCCCCCCCCCCCACCUCACCCCACCCCCCACCCCCCCAAUCUAAGGGUUUUAAGCUCUAUCUCCCCCUUUAGGUAACAUUACUAUUAGUAAAAUUGUGUUUACUUAAAGUAGGGCUAGUACAUUUUUUAAAUCACUGAUCCCAUGGCUUGUGGAUUUUAUAAACAUUUCUAGAAGCUCUGCAUGAUACAUGUAGGUGGUUAUUAGAUUCCAUGGAUCUCACACACAGCCAAAAGUGUUGCAUGUCUUUCGAGUUGUCCGUCUACAACUGGGUAUUGUUUUAGGAACCAAUGACUAGGGUUUUGGAGGACAAAGCUGAUGGUUAGUGACAAGUUUUUAAAUAAAGUGAAUGGCAGUAUACAUUUUUUGUUAGUUAAUAUUAGUGUUCCGUGUGGCAUUAUUGUGCAUAAUGAUAUUGUAACUGUAUUUUUAAUCAUGAUCCACUGCAAACAUUGUUUAUUACAGUGUUGUAAUUACCCUCAUGUUAUACAAAAUUAAAAACAACAAAAGAGAAAAAAUUACUUUUUGAAUUAAAUUAUUGUUUGAUGUUCUGUUAUUUGUUUUAGAUAUGUUAUUGUAAUAUAGGCAGUUCGUUGCCAAGUUUAACACAGGGGCUCAUGACAAAAUCGUUACAAAGGCAAACACUAUAAAACAAGAUCAUUAUAACAAGAUCCGAUUGUAUGUAUUUUUCAUGUAAAUGGCUUAAGCAGAGCUUGCUCUUAUUUCGUUUUUUUGUUCCGUUACCAAAAUUGUUACCAAAAUAUACAUAAAAAUUGCUGAUUAUGCAUUCAGCUAGAUGAAUGUUAAUUAAGACAAAUAUUAUAUUGUCAGAUCUGCAUUUGAAUUAGAAGUAGGCUUUUUCAUGCAUAGUUGCAUGUAUGUUAAAAUGAGAGCAUACUAUAUAUGUAUUUUUUUUUUAAUGGAUGUUAAAGGGAAACCACUCUAAUAUUAGAACAUUUUGAAGGGGGGAUAACCAGGACUAUGUUAGAAGUUGUUAUAUAGCUUUAAAUUGUAACUUUUUUCUUCUGUAAGACUGUUCUUUUUGUAAACACAUUAAUUAUUUUGGCGAAUGUUGGUUAGAAAACACUUAAUUGUUUUUCCUACAUGUACAUAAUGCAAUUAGUUGCCUUCCUUCCUACCACUGAUUACUGGUAGUUUAACUUUCUGGGUUUUUUUUGGAAUGCUGCAUGUUGACUUCCUGAGAAUUACAUAUACGUUUAUUUCACAUCAGUUGUUGUCUACAGCCAUACCACAUUGAAAGCACCGGGUUCUCGUCUGAUCACUGAAUGUUUUUUUUUUUUUUUUUUUUAGAUUUAUUGCCCCUAUAACAUAGGCAGUGAACAGGCUGGUAGUUUAACUUGAUUAUAAAACAAAAAGAAGAUGGCUAUUCAUUACUGACACUAGUUUUAAUUUGUUCAUAAGAUAUGAAUUUAAAUUCACAAGUUAUUAAUUUAUUGAAUAUAUACUCAAAAGAAGAAAAAAUUUAGCUAAUGAAAAUUUUUACAAUUUAGAUUUCAGAAUCUGCUAUGAGGAAUGGUUAUGGUUCACUCAUAACCACUGAUAUUCAUAUUUGUAAAAACAAAUUGGUGUUUCAAAUUUAUUUGCUCCAAAAGAAUGUAAAUCUGUGUUUUUAUCUGAAUGCUAGUGUUGCAAUUGUUCUACUAUUUGCUAACCAUUGUUGAUUGAUUAUAUUGCAUAAUGAAGUCAAAACAUUGGCUCAGACCAUAGCCAGUUCAAAUCAUUUUGCAAUUUUUCACAUUUAUGUGACAAUCUGACCUGUACUUUGAAUUUUGUAAAUUUUUAUGAAAUAUUAUUCUGUAUGUCUUUACAGUUUUAAUUUUAAUUAUUUAUGUAUGUACGUAAUUUAUUAUAACAUUAAAGCAGUGUUUUUGGGGUGGUUUUUUAUUUUAUUUAUUUAUUUUGGGGGGGGGGGGGGGGGGGGCAAUUUAAAAUAAGUAGUAUGUCUGGCCUGCAUCAUCAAGGUGUAUGGAAAUAAUAAAAAGUUAAUGGUGUGGAUGGUUAUAGUAGCCAUUUGAAGCUAUUGUCAAUUUAUAUUAUGUAUUGCUUUUGGUUAGCGUAACUCGUCAAAUUCAGGGAGUGAUCGGGGAAAUUCAAGUCUACCUUUUGUGGUUACUGUGGUGAAAUACUAUUGGUAAAUGUACUCACUCUGCCCUCAAAUUACUACUCGGGGGCCUAAUUCACUAAAGUCCUGCAGUCUCGAAGUGUCAUGCAAAAAGAUUUGCAAAGAUGAUGCAAUUUUGCUUUGUGAAUUGGGUCCAGUAUUUAGGCCCGCAAGUGAAAACACUAAUGGCAAAUGCGAGCACGCCAGUAAUUUUUCUUCAUUUCUUGGUAAAUAUGUGACAACUGUUUGUAUGCGUUGGCACUUGCCAUAUGCUUGUUGCAUUUUGUUCAGUACUGUGUAAUUUUAUUAGUACUAGUCAGUGUGGUUCUUUUUUGUUGCUCUACAUAUUUUGUCUUAAUUUAUUAAUGUUAGAAUACAUGCAAUGCGUAUGCUUGUAAAAGUACGUUACUGUGCAAUAAAUUCACAGGAUGCAAUACGAUGGUGCAAUAAUAUAUCUGUUUCACUAUUGCUCUUCUCAUGUCUAUGUACAUGCAUGUGUAUUCACAUGCUAUGUACAUGCAUGUGUAUUCACAUGCUCUAAGCUAAAACCAUUUUCAGAGAACUUGCUUGGAAACGGUAGUAAAGAUUUAUUACACAAAAACCCUACCAGCAAUCAUUUUGAACUGGUGAUUGGUUAACAGUAUUAAUGUAUAAAAUAAACGGGUAAAGAUGACUGCUUAUUAUGUUUCAUGGUAAUUUAAAUUGUUAAGUAGGAACUUAAGUUUAGCUGGCAUUGUGUCUCGUAAGUGUUUCAUUGCUGUUUAAUAAGCACAGUUCCCCACGGCGAAGUCUAGUGAAAACUCUGUACCACAGUUCAAAUUUGUGAGCAUAGUGCCCGGCAGAGAAAGUAAAUGUGCACAGGGCUUCACAGUCGCAAAAAUAAGUCAGAAAAGAUUGUUUUGAAAUGUUUCCAGCACAGAUUGAAAUUUGUUAUGUUGUUCAGUGUGUAAAUGAAUUUUUUUUUUUUUUUUUUUUUUACUUGUCAGAUUUUGGUUUUUUAUUUGUAUGUAGUUCUUAAAACUGUCUUACAAAACCCAUUAAAUCAAGUGUCUUACCCCCCGAUAUAUAUUAUUUUUAUAUAGGAAAUUAAUUGUAAAUAUUGUGUUAUAACAUUUAAAAAGAAAAAAAGAAAGAAAACCUGUAGUAACAUAUUAGGUAAAACCAGUGUGCUGCAUCACAAAUGUUUAUUUGAUUUUUCAAGUCUGCCAAAAGUAACUGUAGUUUAAUUCUGUUUAUAAAAUAAUUUUCAAAGGGUCAUUAAUUGAUGUUUAACAAAAAAAAUUGUUUUAAUUUUGCUCACAAUUUGCAUGACACUUAUGUAUAGUAUGGAUUGUUCAAAGUUGUGUUAAUAAAUAAACUGAAGAGCUGGCCUCAAAUUAUUGUUUUCUUUCAUUUUGUGAAUUUCCAAACAACCAUUAAUAGUGUACAAGAAUAUAUGCAUACAGCAUUAUUAUUUUAAAAUAAGAAUGAACUAAUUUAAGUUUGUUUAAUGCACAAUUAUUAUCCAUAUACAUGUGUAGUUCAAGAUACACCGAGAAAUAACAAGUACGAUAAACGUGUGACAUGACGAUUUCACAUGACCAACAAAGGAUGUGAUUUUAUGAAGUGCCGUUGUGCUAUAAUUUUGCUUCCCCAGUCUUCUGAAAAUGAUGUCAUUUCAUCAUCUCCUUCUGGUUCAGUUUGAAAAUGAUGUCAUUUCAUCAUCUCCUUCUGGUUCAGUUUGAAAAUGAUGUCAUUUCAUCAUCUCCUUCUGGUUAAGUUUGAAAAUGAUGUCAUUUCAUCAUCUCCUUCUGGUUAAGUUUGAAACGUUUUGACACAAACCUUGUUAUUCAUAAAAAAAUAAUAUGUAUAAUAAAGAAAUUAUUACAUGUGAAUUGUACUGAUUUUACAAAACUCAUGUCAGGAUUCAUGUAUUACCCAUCGGGUAACAAAAGAAUCCUAACACUUGUUUCGUAAAAUCUGUAUGAUCCACAAGCUUGUAUAAUACAUGUAAUAUAAUUUUAUGUGGCUGGUUAUUUCACUGUAGACAAACCUUUUGAAAGCAUUGUAGCUUAAAGAUAAUUAUUUUUAUUUUUUAAUGUAUUGACAUUACAUGUACAGAAUAAUCUUGUUAAUAUUUUCUUGUCAAAAGUAAAGUUAUGUAAAUCUUAAUACAUUGUGACAGACAUGAUACAAUAGGUCAAACAUUUUAUUUAUCCAUCGAUUCAAUUUGGAAACUUUAUUAAUGUUUUUGCAUAUAUUUAGCAAAGUUUUAGGAUUAAUUUUUAUUUUGUAUUGCAAAGUAAUAUUUUUAAUUAAUAAACUUUUCCUUAUAGCUUAAUGUCAUAUUUCCCAAUACAUUUGUUAAAUACUCAACAAAAUUAACUGAAGGCCAGUAGGUAUUUUGGUUGGGUUUAUUUUCUUAAAUAUAGGAAAUACAUCUUCUAUUGUAAGAUGAAAAAACAUGGCAACAAUUUAGAGCAAACAAAAUUGCAAGAAUCAUUAGAAACCAGCAUGUAACAAAUCUUGGCCAAAUACUAAUUUCGUCAGUUUUCCUAGAUGAUGGGGGAAAAAAAAACCCCACUGUAUGUAUGCAAGAUUUUUGCAGGUAAUUUUACUAAAACAAUGUUUAUAAGUCAUCUGGGAUCAAAACUUAUUAAAAUUUGUCACUCGCAAAGCAUUACCAAAAAGUCUACUGUGUACUGUGCCGUCAUUUUGUUGAGUUCAUGUUUAUCAGCUGCUUUGAAUAUUAUUGUAAUUAUUAUACUAGCCUCAUUUCUGUCUGUCCUAGUUUUGAUUGUGCUUCGACUCUGCCACAGUUCUAUUUCUUCUGGCUAGAUCAUCACUUCUGAAAUGAUGUUUAAACAUUAAGUUUAUCUUGUUUAUUGUUGUAUGUUAAUAUAUUGGAAAGUCCCACUGGUGACAUUUGAACCACUACAUGUGUUCAUAUUUUUCUUGGUAUUUCCUCAUUGGUCAGUUGUAAAAUUGAUGUGUUGCCCCCUUUAGACAUUUAAUAUUAUCUGUAAUAAAAUUAUAAUAUUUCCACUAUUUGAAAAUAAAAGUAAUCUUUGAAA